AUGCACUACAUUAACACCUACACUACCAGUGAACCCCAACGAGCUGUUGGAUUUCAGAAUAAACGAGGGGUGAAUUCGGAAGAGAAUGAAAUUAACAGAAUCUACAAACUAACCACGAAAGGCGUCGUCGAUGUGUUGCAAUUCUUCGUCCCGAGGAAAUCGGAUCUUUUUCAGCAUGAUUUGUAUCCGGACACGAGAUCAACAGUCCCAGCCCUUACAGCUGAAGAAUUCAUGGACGGAAAGAACGCUAUGCCAAAUUUGAUGGCAGUGAAUCCUGCUGCAGCACAGGCUAAGCCCAAAGUUCAAGUUGCAAAGAAGGCCAACAUUCUCAACCAACUCGCUCCCACUGCCGCGGAAACAGCCCCACAACGAUCUUCUCACUCGGAGCAAACGUCACCUCAAGUAUCUGCUCCGCCAUCACCACGACAUCAACAACAACGACCGCCAGUGGUCGACGAUGACAUGGGUAUCGUGGUCACGAGCCAGAUGCGACAGCGAUCACCGCCGCCCUCCCAUCAGUACCAGGAACGGCCGCGAAGUCCCGAACGAAACCAGAAGGUACCAAAGCAGCAGGUGAAUCUCCGGUCCCGUGCCGACAGGGAUAUGGGAGGCGGUGCACAAACCGCAGGGCAAAGGCGAGCUGCAGCUGAGCUUGAGAGGAUCAAGAGAGAUCAGGCUCGUACAGCUGAUCCUGACGACUAUAUGCCUUCACCAACAAUGGCUCAGCCCAGCCCCUCUCCACGGAUGAGCGUCGGCAGCAUGGAGGGCCCGACGAACAUGGAGGAACUGUUGUCCGAUUUGGCAAAGAUGAAAGCCGUUAUGCGACAACAUGAGAGGAGAAUUCGUAUAUUGGAAGAGGAACUAGCCGAGAAAAAUAUGAGCAUUGCGUAUUCAUUUUGA